AAAACAUGUCAAAGGGGCCAGCUGUCGGCAUCGACCUUGGGACCACCUACUCUUGUGUAGGAGUUUUCCAACAUGGAAAAGUUGAGAUCAUUGCCAAUGACCAGGGUAACAGGACCACCCCCAGUUACGUAGCAUUCACUGAUACUGAGCGAUUGAUUGGGGAUGCAGCAAAGAAUCAAGUUGCAAUGAACCCUACAAACACGGUGUUCGAUGCUAAGAGGCUGAUUGGUCGCAGGUUUGAUGAUGGAGUUGUUCAGUCAGAUAUGAAACACUGGCCAUUCACGGUUAUCAACGAUUCUAGCCGUCCCAAAGUCCAAGUUGAAUACAAAGGCGAGACAAAGACUUUUUACCCUGAAGAGAUUUCAUCCAUGGUGCUCGUGAAAAUGAAGGAGAUUGCUGAGGCCUACCUUGGAAAAACAGUUACCAAUGCUGUGAUCACGGUGCCCGCCUACUUCAAUGACUCCCAGCGUCAGGCUACCAAAGAUGCUGGAACUAUCUCUGGUCUUAAUGUGCUGCGUAUCAUCAACGAGCCAACAGCUGCUGCAAUUGCAUAUGGCUUGGACAAAAAGGUCGGUUCAGAAAGAAACGUCCUGAUCUUUGAUCUCGGUGGUGGCACCUUUGACGUCUCCAUCCUGACUAUCGAAGAUGGAAUCUUUGAAGUGAAGUCCACUGCUGGAGACACCCAUCUGGGAGGAGAGGACUUCGAUAACCGCAUGGUCAACCAUUUCAUCACCGAGUUCAAGCGAAAGUACAAGAAGGACAUCAGCGACAACAAGAGAGCUGUUCGCCGUCUCCGCACCGCCUGUGAAAGGGCCAAGCGCACCCUGUCCUCCAGCACCCAGGCCAGCAUCGAGAUCGACUCCCUGUACGAGGGGAUCGACUUCUACACCUCCAUCACCAGGGCUCGCUUCGAGGAGCUGAACGCCGACCUGUUCCGCGGCACCCUGGACCCAGUGGAGAAGUCCCUCCGCGACGCCAAGAUGGACAAAGCCCAGAUCCACGACAUUGUCCUGGUGGGCGGCUCCACCCGCAUUCCCAAGAUCCAGAAGCUGCUGCAGGACUUCUUCAAUGGCAAGGAGCUGAACAAGAGCAUCAACCCCGAUGAGGCUGUAGCCUAUGGUGCAGCUGUCCAGGCUGCCAUUCUGUCCGGUGACAAGUCUGAGAAUGUCCAGGACCUCUUGCUGCUGGAUGUGACUCCUCUGUCCCUGGGCAUUGAGACAGCCGGCGGGGUGAUGACCGUCCUGAUCAAGCGCAACACCACCAUUCCAACGAAGCAGACCCAGACCUUCACCACCUACUCCGACAACCAGCCUGGUGUGCUCAUUCAGGUUUAUGAAGGUGAGAGAGCCAUGACCAAGGACAACAACUUGCUGGGCAAGUUUGAGCUGACUGGCAUUCCCCCGGCACCCCGCGGCGUUCCUCAGAUUGAAGUCACUUUUGACAUUGAUGCCAACGGCAUCAUGAAUGUCUCUGCUGCCGACAAGAGCACUGGCAAGGAGAACAAGAUCACCAUCACCAAUGACAAAGGUCGACUCAGCAAGGAGGACAUCGAGCGUAUGGUCCAGGAGGCUGAGAAGUACAAAGCAGAAGACGACCAACAACGUGACAAAGUCUCUGUUAAGAACAGCCUGGAGUCGUAUGCCUUCAACAUGAAGUCAACUGUGGAGGAUGAGAAACUGCAGGGCAAGAUCAGCGAUGAGGACAAGCAGAAGAUCCUGGACAAAUGCAACGAAGUCAUCAGCUGGCUGGACAAGAAUCAGACGGCCGAAAAAGAUGAGUUUGAGCACCAGCAGAAGGAGCUGGAGAAGGUGUGCAGCCCCAUCAUCACCAAGCUGUACCAGAGUGCUGGCGGCAUGCCAGGCGGGAUGCCCGACGGGAUGCCCGGUGGCUUCCCAGGAGCGGGGGCGGCGCCUGGAGGAGGAGGCUCCUCUGGACCAACUAUCGAGGAAGUGGAUUAAGCUUCUGCAUGGUCCUGCUUCUUGACGGUUUACUGCUGGCAGUCCAGUUAAAGAGUAUUUUAUUUAAUUUCCACUGAAAUGGCAUGUAUCGGAAUACUUUCAGAAAGCUUGAAUAUUGAGUUAUUUGAUAACAAUUCCUAAAUUGUGUUACGUUGGUAUAAUAUAAAUUAUAACGUGUCGCACUGCUAAAACCUGGGCACUUCUUCUUUGUUAAAUUAUUUAUUCUUGUUUGUCAAGUUGUUCUGCUACAGUACUGUAUUGGCCUGUCUAUUUUUAAAUUCAUAUUACUGUAAAUUUGCCAUGUUUUCUGGCAUUUGCAUUUGCACUGUUAACAUGUUUUUAAAGCUACCUAAUAAAGAAAUGUUGUGAACAUGC